GAUAUGGAAAAGCACUGCAAGUAUGGGGCGAUUUUGAAGUUUCCCGCAGUGAAAGAGGCACAAUGUUCAUGAAUCACAUCAAAGCGUGGGCUUUCCCGACAAGCCGACCACGACGAGGACAUGACACACGGGCUGAAGCGGUGGACUCUCAAAUGAAGGAUGACUUAGGUCCGCCAAUCCCGCUUCGAGCUUCAUUCCGAUUACGACGGAAAACCGAACAGCUCCCUUCUACGGCGUCGCCACUGGAGACGUCAGGCACCUCAAGCAGCUAUUACUCCAUCAUAUCAUCGCUACUAUCCUUAACAUUCGUUAUUUUGCUUAUGAACUCAGCGAAUUAUUAAGA